AUGGCCGAAGACGCCUCGAGUGGUGGCUGGAGCACCAUCGAGUCGGAUGAAGGUGUCUUCACGUCUUUGAUCGAGCAAUUAGGAGUCGAAGGGGUGCAAUUUGAAGAGCUGAUAUCUCUGGAUGCUGAUUCGAUACGCGCUUUGAGUCCUGUCUACGGCGUGAUUUUCCUCUUCAAAUGGAUCGGUUCAUCGUCAGGAAAUAGGGGGACUCCACAAGAUGGCUCAUAUGAUUCUGCGGUAGUCGAGGAGGACGGUCUGUUCUUUGCGGCCCAGACAAUACAGAAUGCCUGCGGCACGCAAGCCAUUCUGUCGGUGAUUCUGAACAAUGACAAAUCGAGCGAUCCUGUGUCGUCGGGCGCGGAUGCGACAUGGCCGAGAAUUGAUAUUGGCCCAUCGCUACAAGAGUUCAAGGACUUCACAACGGGGUUUGAUGCAGCUUUGCGUGGGGAGUCGUUGUCCAAUUCAGAUUUGAUUCGGGAAACUCACAACAGCUUUGCGAGGUCGAGUCCGUUCGCGGACGAGACACAACGCGAUCCCCACGCUGCUACCGAAGACGUCUUCCAUUUCAUCGGCUACACGUGCUAUCAUGGAAAGCUCUACGAGUUGGAUGGACUACAGCCUUAUCCCAUCUCCCAUGGAGACUGUACGCCAGAUGAGUUCCCUGAGAAAAUCAUCCCGGUGCUCCAAAGACGGAUUGAGCGAUAUCCGCCCGGCGAAGUACGAUUCAACCUGAUGGCUGUGUGUCGGGACUUGAGAGUCAGGGCACAAGCAUUUCAAGACUAUGAAAGUCUCGCCCGGGAGAAGCGGAAACGAGCACAGUGGGAUUGGGAGAAUGCUCUCCGGCGGCAUAAUUUCGUCGGGUUCACGGGCGAGGUGCUCAAGGGCGUGGUGGGGAUGAAGAUCAAGGAUGGGAGUUAUGACGCGUGGGUCGAGGAUGCAAAGAAGGCCACGGAAAAGAGAACGCGGGAGAGAGCUGCACGACGCCAGCAGGCGGCAGGAUGA